CCAUCCCAGUGCUGCGCACAUGCGCGUUCAGACCUCGCCAGACCGUACUCCGACCCAGCAAUGCAGUCAUUGGCGUCAAGCGACCAGCGUACCGCUCCUUUGCCGACAAAAGCAGCGACCUACCCAAAGCCGACGAGGGCGAGGUUGGACCAAACAUGAACCAGGCCGAGCAUGUGAGCGAGGAGGCAGCGAAGAUGGCGAACAUCACAGGUGGCGAAGGACCCGAUCUGACCCAAGGCACGCCGGUGCAAGAUAUCCUGAAAGAGGAGAAGGAGACACGAAAGAAUGCGCCUCAGGUCAUGAAGGACGAAGUCAAGCAGGGAAACAAUCCAGCGAAACCCUCCACACGAGCCUUUUCGACACUCGCGCGCCGACAGGUCGAGGUUUCUCAAAACUCCGAAGCGUCCUCGCUCGACCCAUCAAUGCUGCCCUCUGCAGCCCAGCAAGCACAAUAUGCCGCCGAGCUGGACGCCUCAUCAAACCUCCCAGAGACGACGCACAAGGGCCACAAAUUCCCACUGCCAGACCUUCCUCUGCCUCAGGGCGCGGUCAAGGACUACAGGUACGAUCCUGUUGUCAUGCAAGUGACCAAUUUGCUCAUGAAGGAUGGCAAGAAGGCAGUAGCGCAACGAAACAUGGCGGUCAUCCUCAACGUACUACGAACCAACCCUGCACCAACAUACGCCGACUCUCGAUCUAUGCUCCCCGGCGCACCACCCGCAAGUCAUCUUCCUCUCAACCCCGUCCUUUACCUCACACUCGCAAUUGACAGCGUUGCACCUCUCCUCCGCAUUCGACAACAGAAGGGUGCUGCAGGAGGAGGUGUGGCGCUUCAGAUCCCCGUUCCGCUUGGUCUGCGGCAACGGAGAAGGCAAGCGUUGAUGUGGAUAUUGGACGCGGCGAUGAAGAGGAAGAGCAGAGGAAGUGGGAAUGACAUGUUUGCGCACAAGGUGGCAGACGAGUUGAUUGCUGUUGUGGAGGGAAGAUCCGCAGUAUGGGACAGGAGACAGGCCGUGCACAAACUCGCAACAACAGCACGAAGUAAUUUGAACUACGGCAAAAUGGGAGGAAGGAGGUGAUGAGGUCUUGUUUGUACAGGUAGCAAUACUACGUGAGACAGCACACCAAAGUGACCGAGGUCUUCGAAGGAGUACGAUCAGGUGG